GACUCCGGUCUUCAUUUCCAGUUGUAAACAUGUAAACUGUAAACAUCUGCAUGACUGAGCGGGGGAGUAAAGUGUGUAGUGAGUCAGAAUGAAGAUACUGAAACCUAACUGGGUGAGCCAUGAUGGCCUCCCCAUAUAUUCAGUGGACAUCCACCCUGACGGCUCGAGGUUUGCCACGGGCGGACAAGGCGAGGACUCCGGAAGAGUUGUGAUAUGGAACAUGGCGCCAGUGAUAAGCAGAGAGAACGAGAAGAACGAAAACAUACCCAAAAUGUUGUGUCAGAUGGACAACCACUUAGCGUGCGUCAACUGUGUUCGUUGGAGUGCGUCUGGUAAGUUCCUGGCCUCGGCUGGAGAUGAUAGACUCGUCAUGAUAUGGAAGAUCACGUACCACCAGGCGGGCAGCAACGUGGUGUUUGGCAGCUCUGGGGGGAAGGGGAACGUCGAGACGUGGCGGUGUAGCUCCACGCUGAGUGGCCACACGGGAGAUGUGUUGGACCUGGCGUGGUCUCCUCAGGACACGUGGCUCGCAUCCUGCUCCGUGGAUAACAACGUCAUCAUUUGGAAUGCACAAAAGAUGCCGGAAAUAGUGGCUAUUUUGAAGGGACACACAGGUUUGGUGAAGGGUGUAGUUUGGGACCCCGUCGGUAAGUAUAUCGCCUCACAGUCCGACGAUAAGACCCUGCGUAUAUGGAGGACGGCGGACUGGAAGCAAGAUGCGGUGAUUCAAGAACCUUUUGAAGAAUGUGGAGGUACGACGUACGUCCUCAGGUUGAAUUGGUCUCCGGACGGACUGUAUCUCGUAUCAGCUCACGCGAUGAAUGGCGGCGGACCGACAGCAUUGAUAAUAGAAAGAGAAGGAUGGCAACAAGACAAGGACUUUGUAGGACAUCGUAAGGCAGUCACGUGUGUGAGGUUUAACUCUAACAUUUUGCAAAAAUCAUUCGUGUCAUCGAGCAAACCGCAGCUCUACUGCUGCUGUGCUAUUGGGUCGCGGGACCGAUCAGUCUCCGUGUGGCUCACAGCUCUGAAGAGGCCUCGAGUUGUCAUUCGUGACUUAUUCACCAACUCCGUGUUGGAUCUUUCCUGGAGCACGUCAGGCUUGCAGCUGAUGGCCUGUUCCUGGGAUGGAACUGUUGCUUACGUGGAAUUCACAACUGAAGAGCUUGGCAAGUGCCUUAGUUUGGAAGAGAAAAAUGCCAUACAUGAACGCAUGUACGGCAAGAGCCUGGCAACGUCGGCAUGUCAGUCUAGCAUCGUGGAGAACCCUGAACUGCUAGGUUUUGGCUCCAAAGGGGAUUCAGGAAUUUCAGCACCUGUGACAAACCACGUUGACAGCGAGGAAAAGCCGGUUGUACCUCAGAGCCCAAUGAAAGGUCCUAUAAAUAAACAAAUAGAAACUAGGACUUCUGAUGGUAAACGAAGGAUAACACCCAUGUUCAUUCCUCCCGUCCCUUCGGGUGACGUUCCGGUUCCCUUCAGUUCAACCGGAUCCCAUCCCACAUUCAGUAGUUCUUCCGAGCCAAAGAGUCGUAUAUUUAUAGAGAAACGUGAUGACAUAGUUACGCCAAAUGUGAGUCAAAGCCCCAAUAAAGUGACACGCCCUUAUCAAAAUCAUGAAAUGAAAUCCAUUUUGCAGGAACUGCCAGUGGAAAGUAUUCAAAAGUCGCUCAGCAACAGCUCUACUACUAAACCAGCUAACAAUAAUUUUCAGAAGAACGGCAAUGAAGAAGACUGUAGAUUUCCUUUCUCGAAACAAAUUUGUAUUCCAGUUGGUUCAGAAAAUGUGCAGGUGAACAUCACCCAGAACAUUUGCGCGGCCAAAGAACCGGUAAAGUUAUCGUUAUCGCGAGCCAGCCUGGGACAACAGAUGGUGAUAGAUAUUCUUGGCAGCGGGCAGCAGGUGCAAGUGACGAAUGCGGCGUACACGUGCAAGUACGGACGACUGACGACGGUGCGGCUGCUGAAGAAGAGCAGCGAGGAGGUGGUGUGGACCGUGAUGCUGGGAGCGCGGGCGGUGGCGGCCGCGGCCAACAGGCAAGCCGUGGUGGUGGCGUGCGAAGACAACUGCCUGCACGUGCUGCACACAGCCACAGGGGGCCGCAUGCAGCCCACCCUCGUGCUGGCGUCUAGCCCGAGCAGGCUGGUGCUCAGCAAACAACACGUCGGCGUGCUGACGAGCUGCGGCCGGCUGAGCGUGUGGGACGUGCUGCGAGGCCGUGUCGUUCUCUCCGCCCUGUCCAUCCUGCCCCUCCUGCACGGCGACGCGGACACCGUGGCCAAGCUGUGGCUCACGGACGAGGGCACGCCCCUGCUCGCGCUGGCUUCGGGCCGGGCCUUCCUCUUCUCACCCGACCUGAGCUCGUGGCUGCUGGUGGGCGACAAGCGCGACCCCGUGCAGUGCCUCUCCUACCACUCGUCAUUCACCCGGCCCGUGCAGGAGGAGCAGUGGCCCCUGGCCAGCCUGCAGGGUCACGCCCAGACGCCCUCCCCCGCCACGCUGUCCUCCGCACGCCUCUUCAGCGGCCCCGCGCCCUCUCUGUGCACGCUCACGCACCUGGAGCACCAGCUGGCUACCUGCCGGGCCCUCCACUCGGAGAGCGAGUACCAGUUCUGGUUCCUGACGCUGGUCAGGUUCCUGGUGCACGAGGGCUUGCAGCACAAGCUGAGGAGCAUCUGCGACGACCUGCUGGGGCCCCCGCACCCCUCGCCCACCUGGCACGCCAGCCUCAUGGGCCGCGAGAAGCACGCCCUGCUGCGCGAGGUGCUGGACUGCAUGAGGAACAACCUCUCCCUGCAGAGACUCUACACCGAGUACAAUGACCAGUUGCUGCUCAAGAAACACUUCGGCACUGAGUAGUGAGGUGACCAUGUGACGGAACACCACCAGAAGAAGCCAUCUGUAUAGUGCACACUUCCAUAAACUGGUGAUAUAAAACGUUUUUGAAGCAGUAGUUUUCAGUUCACCUGGUACCUUUGUGUGAUUGCUGUUCUGCAUUAUUACUGCCAGUAGGAAAUGUAUGGCACGUGCGGAGUGAGUUGAUAAACAUGUAUGCUUUUACCUAAUGGAGAGGGUGGUUGCUAAAGGCGAGAUAGUGAACAUUAUUAUCUACAAAAAUUUCCAGGUGAAAAUGUAGUGCAUUAUUGAAUGUUUCCAAAAAUCACUUGAUAUGGUCUGCUGCAUGAGGCAGCAUUGUUACGAGCUGAAAUGGUGCAGCUGCUGGCAUCUCGAACAACUCACAUGACUAGUGUUUGGACAGUCAGCACCUCCUUGUAGCACUUAAUAACAAACAACCUGUGAUAUUCUGGUGGCAUCAGAGUGCAAAAAAAAAACUCCAAAAAACCAUAAAAUUUUGUACCUUUCUUCUUUUUUUGGCAAUUUUAACUUUGAAGGACUAAUUUUUAUUAUAACUAUGUUGUACAUUUUCAAAGUAGUCUAAAUUUGCUUCAAUUUGAGCCCAGAAAUGGAGACCCAAUACUUUUCAGAAUACUUAAAUUCAUAAAUUUUUUUGAACUCUGAAAUUGUUAGCAAAUUUUUUUUUUGUUUUGUGAGAAUUUCAAUCCUUAGGCCUAUUUUUUUCAGGAAAUGCCCCCUCCCCCUCCCAUAUUCCAAUGGAUGCUGAAGAGGUUUGAGGGGACCUACAGAUAAACCACCUACAUUUUCAUAUUUCUCAUUAACCUCAGGGUUGGCUGGUUUAAACCAUGGUUUUUAAAUAGAAUAUGUUAAUAAAUUUUAAUGAAAGAUCUACUUCAACAACAAUAGUUUGCUCAUUAAUGUUUCUUGUAAUUUACAGGAACAAAUAAUUAUAUACUAAUCAAGAACUUAUAAUUAAAUUAUCUGGAUAAUUUGUAAAUGCUUCUCUAAAAUUAAAUUAAUUAGUAAAUUGAAGUCAAAAGUUAAAAAAAACAAAACAACAGAGGGAAUAAAUAAAUUUAUUAUUUAAAAGAAAAUUCCUUUUGUGUGGGAAAUCUCUGACUUUACUGCAAAUCCCUGUUCUGUAGGUAAGUCCCAGUCAGGUGUACAGAUUUUCUGGACUUCAGUUCUUUGAUGUUAUAACUUUUCUGGUUCAACACGAACGGCAGAAAGAAAGAUGAUGUAUGACUUUCAUUUGAACAUACCAAGAACCAAAAUAAAUAAUGUAAUAAAAAAAACCUGGUUCAAACAAAUAAAAA